AUGAUAUCAACCAAAGAAAUCAAUAAACAUGAUGCUCAACGAGAGUGUAGCCAACAAUUUGAGAUUAAUGCAAAUAAUAAUUUAAUGUUGAAUGGUGUCAUGCAUAGUAAACAAUACAAUAUGAUGAAACAUAAACCAAAUGAAAAUGCAUUACAUCAAAUUGAAACUAUUCCAUCAUUGAUAGAUGAUAUCACUAAUAGAUUAGAACAAUUCGAACUCAUUCCAUCUUAUUUUUGUCUUGAUUAUGAAGAUGAAAUUUGUUAUAGUGAAAUUGAUUACAAACUAGAUAGUUGA